CACGACGCGCUUCCUCCACCAAACAAGCACGCAUUUUGCCCGGAUCGCUCGCUUCUGCCGCCGCCGCCGCUGCGAUGGAGAAGGAGAAGAAGCUCUCGUUCUCCAUCUCCUCCUCCAAGCAGCGGCCGCCCAAGCCUCCCUCACGCCCCGGGGCCGCCGCGGACGACGAUGACGCUGGCCCCCGCUCCGCGUCCGCCCCGGCACAGCAGUUCGUCACCGAGUUCGACCCGUCCCAAACCCUAGCCGCCUCCGGCGCGCCGCGCGCCGUCAUCGCGCCGCUCCCCAACUCCGGAAACUUCCUCACCCACCGCCCCCGCAAGCCGUCCUCGCUCCCCACCCCCGAGGAGGAGGCCGCCCUCGCAGCGGAAUCCGGCGGCGGGGGACCCUCGUUCGUGCUCGACACCUCCAACGCCCCCGACGACCCAUCAUCCAACAUCCCCUACGGCCUCACCCUCCGCAACGGCGCAACCGAGGCCGCCGCCGCCAAGGAAUCGGAGAAGGCGUCACAACCGGCACCGCCUCCAGCUCCUCCAGCCACAGCUGAUACCGCCCCGGCCGGCGAUCUCAUGCUGCGGCGGUACAAGGAGGACAUGGCCACCCUUCCGGACCACCGUGGCAUCGACGAGUUCAACGAGAUAGCCGUGGAGGGAUUCGGCGCGGCGCUCCUGGCUGGAUACGGCUGGACAGAGGGUAAGGGCAUUGGUAGGAACAAUAAGGGGGAUACCAAGGUUGUUGAGUACAACCGCCGUGCUGGCACACAGGGGUUAGGCUACAACCCCUCUGAGGCUGACCCUCGCAAGACUCGCUCUGGUGACUGGAUUGUUGGCGAGAAGAAGGCGUCCGAGAAUGGGUCUGCGAAGAAGAGGGACAGAGAUAGUAGACAUAAGAUGGAUGAUAGUGAUUCUAGUGCCCGGAAGAAGAGAUCAGGUGAGCAAAGGGCUGAGAAGGAGGCCCGUGGAAAGGAGAGGAAUGGACGGGAUAGCCGAGAAGGCACAAGUAAUGGCAAUGAUACUCGUAGCAAGGCCAUCCGGUGGUUACAGAGCCAUAUCAGGGUUCGCGUAGUUAGUGAGAAGUUGAGUAAGAGGCUGUACUUGAUGAAGGGUAAGGUCGUGGAUGUAGUGGGACCAACAACAUGCGACAUUAUGAUGGAUGAUGGAUCACUGGUGCAGGGGGUGGAACAGGAUAUGCUUGAAACAGUACUUCCACGGACAAACGGGCGAGUGCUUGUGCUCUAUGGGAAGCAGAAGGGUAUGUAUGGGCACCUGGUCGAGAAGAAUUCUGAAGAGGAGAUUGGACUGGUGGAGGAUGCAGAUACAAAAGAUAUAGUGCGAAUUAGAUAUGACCAGAUGGCAGAAUACACUGGAGACCCAGAGCUGCUUGGUUACUGAUUAAUUUCUUUUUGAGCAAAUAUUUGCUUACCAGGUGCUCAUCCACUGUGUUAGCUAUUACAACUCAGUGACACCUAUUGCCAUCCUGGAAGUGUGAACUUUCUGUGGAUCUGACCUGAUUCUUCACUUCCUGCCUUCUUUGGCCCCUUUGUCUUGUUGCAGAGCAGAGAAUAUAUGUAACAAACUGUCUUUCAAUCCCUGCAAAGUAAGAAUUUUGACCAAAAUUUCAAAAAAACAACAGAAUUAUUCUUUAUGGUUACACAGAAGUUCUUUUUCUUUACUUGCCAUGACACCAGGACCAGAGUUUAAAAUCUAUUGGGCACAAGAAUAUGCUUCGUGAGCAUAAUUCAAAAUCUCUCAGGCUUUAUUAAAUUUUUGUCUCGUACAUUUUACUGUCCAAAUUGGAACUUUAAUGUUUGAGCCAACAUCUUAGAGUCUCAAGAUAUAAAUUGUUCUUUUGUUAUUGUAUUAGCGAAAUCAAAUUGGAGGUUUUUUCACACAAAUUUUACUUGUAGAAUGCAAUCAGUGACCAUCUUUUCUGUACUAAAUGUUGUUUUCUUGUUUGUUUUCUUUCUAAUUAUGCUUGUUUUGUUAUGGACAUGGAUUAUAUUUUCUAGGAAUAUGUACAGUUGAUGCUCCUAUUAUUCCUGCAGCUUAAGUGGAAAGUGGAAAUGAGAUACAUAUCUAUAACUGAAUUCAAACAACAAUACCACAUCAAAUGUAAACAUUGUAUAUGGUAUUUGAUACAUGUGUUUAUCAACUUAUUCAAGUGCAUUGUAUUUGUAUGCGAAAUGUGAUGGUGCUUCCAGUAAAUGUUGGACUAGAAAUUUCAGUCACUCUAUGAUUCCUCCAGAUUUCUCAUCCUAACUAGUUCUGACGUGCCUUCAUCAUCUCACAUUUUAUCAUAUCAUUCUAGUUUCAUACUAGCUUGUGCAUAUCUAAUAUGCAGAUGUCCGUUGCCGUUCUCUCUUUCUCUGCAGUAUUGAGAUGUCAAGUUAGGAUCCUAUUCCUACGUGCUGCUAACUACGAUAUCGAUUUUACAUGGUUCAUAUAUGAUAAGCACAUCGAAGGUAUGAAAUUUGAUACUCUGUUGUAGCUGUUGCAUUUGUUUCAGGGCGUACAGGAUGGUAUAGGCCAACUCCUCCUGCAUUCGAUGGUUCACCACGGAGGAGUUGGCCUGCAAGGAAGGGAUGCAGGCUGUAUGCUGCUGAUUGUCAGGUGCUGAUUAAUUUUUUGUGCCCAAACCUGGAGGCCCAAACUUCUUGUAUGCGAAACGGUUUGCGACAUCGGCUGGGCCAGCACUGAGAGAGGAGCGAAGCAACCGAUCGAUCGAACCUACACAAAAUGGGCCGUGGGAGCUGGUCUGGCCAUUUUGGCAGGUUAAAUUCAUUCGAUACGAUAUCAGAGAAUCGCUCGUUGGAGAGUCCUGGCCGCCUGGUUCGGCUCGGCAUGCGUGGCGUUGAGAGCGACGGACGGAUGUCAACUUCAACUAUACCUGGCGCCCCCGCAUAAUUCCUACGGUUGCGAGCUAAUCAUGUUCCUUCCCCCUAGCUCGCUCAACGCACUUGCUUGCGGCGCAGUUGAGGCCUGAGAGGGCAAGCUCAUAAUGUUGGUGGGCGGUUAGUAGCUGCCAAUUGACCCCAACUUUCAAACUUGUUCCCUUUCUGUUGUGGUUGCGAGGUGACACCAAUCUGGUUGUUAACGGCACACAAGGAGACGAGCAACAGAAAAGAUGUACUGCCUGCUAAUCAGUUUCAGUGGAAUGAUUUACAGGUGUUAGUACUGAUGAUUCCUAGAAGUGGCUGAAAUUUACAUCA